GUUCGGCAGCUGAGGGACCAGUAGAAGAGAAGUCGGUCUCUCUUGAUGCACUUGAUGUUGUUGAUGAUCCAGAAGUCGAAGAUCAAGAAAGUUCUACAUCUUCAGGAGUAAUCGACGUAGGAGCUAAAGCUUAUCAGCUGACGUUUGUGCUCGACACUCUGGCAGACUCAAGCCAGAUCGCCAUGUGGGAUAGGGAGUCACGUGCA